AAAGCUGAUCUAGAGCGGCAUCGAAGAAUGGAAGCAUGCUUCUACAAGCACGGAAAGGAAUGGGAGGCCACGAAGGGCCCGGGAUCUUGGGGCACAGACGAUUGGGGGCCCCGCAAAUACAUGCGUACAAGUGGUCGUAGAUGGCAUCCCAGCUGGGACUUAGUCCAAGAACGAGAGUUUCAACGUUCGGACUAUGUCCACCCCUCUCACAAUUGCUCGGAUAGCCCGGUUCACGUGAUGGGUCAAGCAACUGAUGAACUCGACGACUUCGACCGCACUAUCAACUAUGGAGAUCGCCGAGACAGGCUUCGCAAGACCUUUGAGUGGGAACUGGACCGUCUUUACUUGGCCGAGGAACUAAAAAAACGCAGGCAAGACAAACUUCAUGGGCUAGGAGAUAAGCUUCAAAAGGACGGCCACACUUCUGAUGAAGAUGAGCACCAAGAAGACGACCGCCUGGCCACUUACGCUCUGGCCAAGCUUAAUCGGCUACAGUGGCUCUCGUUCAAGGAUCUCUCUAGCCAAGGAGAGAAAGAUGCCUGUGUCAUGGACAUUCUAGUAGGAGAACCCGAUAUCUCUGAGGAUCUGGGUGCUUAUCGUCUUUGGUAUGGCUACUCAGGCCACAGCGCCCAAACGCCAGACGCACCGCAAGAGGUGAAUACCCUUCCGCCAGCGGCGCCUGGGGAAUCGCCGCUUCCCGAGAGGAUUCGAAUUCAUUCAGCUGUACUUUAUCAAAUCCUUGGAACUGUGUUGGGAAAGACCUUGCACACGCGAACCGAGUCAACUGUUGUAUUGAUCAGGCCCUUCAAAGCGCUGACAUACUGCGAGCCGGCGUUGCGAGACUGGUGUGCGGCAUUGGAGAAGAAGUUUGCUAAAGAAGAUCAGACAUCUGUUGAAAGCCGAGAUGAGCAGCAGACAGAGGCAGAUGAUUCGGACGGGGAUGAGGAUGAAGUGCCUGAGUUGACAAAGUCACCGAUAGCGAUGGAGCAUUUGAAAUGCCUCUUGAGUUUCAUGGACACGGACAUCUUGGAUAGACAGAAGCAUCUCAACAACUUCGACUCUUGCAAGGUUUUCUUUCCUGACCUAUGGCACAUUUUCCGACCUGGAACAAAAGUGGUCGACAAGGACGGCAAGCAAGCAUAUCGAGUCAUCAAAGUCACUAGCGCUAGACAUAGCAAGAAGGCCGCAUUCAGUAUUACCUGCAUACACAUUGACUUCGAUGGAAAGCAUCUUGGGCCAGUAAGAAGUGUGUUCGAUAUGAAAAGGUUCGACGGCGAGAGAGACAUCACUGCUUUGGACGUUUACCCUCUUCGUUUUCACCCCAUCAGGCGGGCUGAAUUUAGCAAAUCGGAAUGGAGCGCAACGAUGAUUCUUCCUGCAAAUCAGAGGUACCGACAAAAGCUUGUGCACCGAGGUGGUACGUUUCUGGCGGUGGCCUCGGUGAAGCAUAUGUAUUAUGCUGGGCCGACAUUGGGGCUGCGAGACGAGAUCGAAAGCCAAGUGGUAAUAGAUUUCGAAACAGCAUUCACAGUGGAAAAUGGGGCGCAGAAAUCAUGGAUGCCGUACUUAGAAACACUCAUUGGAGGCUCGACAGCCGAAGAAGACGAAGAAGACAAGGAUGAAAGCUGCCGCGCAGCAUGCUGCCGGAGGGAUGCCGUGCACGAUGACUCCUAUGUGGACGAGAAGCAGAGCUCUGGAUACGUCGAUAACCUCCUUCCCAAGGCAGGCAGCCUUGAUGAACAGCUGUCAGUUGCAGUCAUUCCUCGGCCGUUGGAGGAACUGUAUAGCUGCACUGGUGAAACUCUGAUUUCAGACGAUGACUUGCUGAUCAUGUCUCAUCGUGUCUUUGGUUUUGUUCUACGAAACCGGAAAUGGGCGCAGCUUGACCUUUCGUAUCUGAUUGACGUUCACCAAGACGAGAAGUCGAUUGUUUUGGGAGAGGGGGAGUCCGAAGUGGCAAACAAGAAGGAGAACAAGGAACACAUCACCGCCUUUGAUCGCCUUGUCCUCGAGGAAUGGCAUCGUCCGAUGAUCGAAUCACUCAUCGCUCAACACUUUCGAGACAAAAAGUCAACAACAGGCGAGAGAGAGGAGUUCGAUAUCGUCAAAGGCAAAGGUGACCUAGGGACAACUGCAGCAGAGGUGGAGAAAGCUCUCGAGAUGAACUUUGCCUUAGCCAAUAGGUGGGAUUGUAUUCUUCUUCUUGACGAAGCCGACGUCUUCCUUUCCCAGAGGACAAAAGAAGACUUCAGACGAAAUGGGCUUGCAGCAGUCUUCCUACGCGUAAUGGAGUACUACGCCGGUAUCCUCUUCCUCACCACCAAUGGUGUUGGCGACUUCGAUGAGGCUUUCACUUCUUGUAUCCAUGUAAGCCUCUUGUACCGGGAGCUCGAUAGGGAAAAGACCAUCGAGGUGUUUAAGAUCAACCUGGAUACGAUUGAGGCACGCUUCAAAAGAAAGGGUCGAGUAGUCAAGGUCGAUAAGGCCGGUAUUGGGAGCUUUGCGAGUGAACAUUUCACAGAUUACUCUAAGGCACGCUGGAAUGGCCGGCAGAUUCGCAACGCGUGUCAGACGGCACUAGCACUUGCUGAAUACGAAGCCCACGGGAAAAGUCACUCAGUCGCCCCGCUACCUGGAGCCGAGGUCACGCUGGACGUAAAUCAUUUCAAGAUUGUCCGCAAAGCCUAUGUUGAAUUCACCGAGUACAUGAACAACUUGUACAAUAUGGAUUCGACGGAACGAGCCAAGGACAAUGGACUCCGAGCUAUUUGGGUCGACAACGACAACCGGAUUGUGGAUCAGAAAAAGGCGAAUUUUCUGCGAGGCUCACAGGGUCAGUCUCUUGCAAGUCAUCCAUAA